AUGCCCCGAACAUCUGUCAAAGCCCAGUCCGUAGCCGAUUUCAUCUCAGAGCUCGUUCAAACAGACAACGAGUCUCCCACCCAGCCUGGGGAGGCAUGGGUCAUGCGCGUAGAUGGCUCGUCCACUUCAAGCGGUGCUGGCGCGGGACUAGUGCUGUCGGCCCCCGACGGGCGUUCGUUCGAGCGCUCCCUCCGCCUCGGGUUCCGAGCAACCAACAACGAGGCCGAAAAUGAAGUACUCUUGGCAGGGCUCAGAUUGUCUCGCGAGAUGCAGGUGGACGCCAUCCACAUCCUCACCGAUUCGCAGUUGGUAGCCGAGCAACUCGACGGCCGAUACGAAGCCAGGGAACCCACCAUGGUGAAGUACUUGGCGAAGGUAAGAAGCCUAGCCUCCGACUUCUCCCGCUUCAUGAUAUCCAGGGUGCCGAGAAGCCAGAACGAGCGAGUCGACGAGCUGGCUAAGAUGGCCUCAAAGUCGGACUCCGGAGCCCAAACCGAGGUCGAAAGGCUCCCCUUUCGCGCCGUCUCAAUUUCCGCUGUAUCCUCAGCCGACUCGCGCUCCACGUGGGUACAGGAGAUGUUGCUUUUCAAGUGCGACGGAACCCUUCCCGCCGACCAGACUGCUGCUCGGCGGAUCCGUCGAACGCAGGCUUGGUACUCCAAAGUGAAUGGACAACUCUACAAGCGGUCCUUCUCACACCCCCUAUUGCGGUGCCUCGAGCCUGAAGAGGCCCAGACGAUCCUGGCCGAGGUCCACGAAGGGAUUUACAGGGAGCAUAUCGUCGGACGAACCUUGGCUUGCAAGAUCCUUCGGCAAGGAUACUAUUGGCCCACCAUGUCUCGAGACGCAAAGUCUUACGUACAGCGGUGCGGCCCGUGCCAGAAGCAUGCCCGAACGCCCCGGCAGCCCGCGGUCCCGCUCACCCUCAUUGACUGUGCGUGGCCAUUCGAACAAUGGGGUCUGGACCUCCUCGGCCCUUUCCCACCUGCCUCGGGACAACGGAGGUACAUCGUUGUGGGGGUAGAUUACUUCACCAAAUGGGUCGAGGCUGAACCACUGGCAACGAUCAUAGAACGACAAGUAGAGAAGUUCGUCUGGAAAAAUAUCGUGACUCGGUUCGGCUUGUCCCGAGCCAUCAUCACGGACAACGGCUCCCAAUUCGCCAGCACGCGGUUCAGGGAGUUCUAUGCGAACUACGAGAUUCAGCUGAAGUUCAGCUCGAUGGCCCACCCCUAG